CUCAUCUGGACUCUCCUCUGCUGCUGCUUCACAGAAUCCAGAGGACAGAUCACAGUGACUCAGCCUGGAGCAGUGAGCUCUGCUGUGAGAGGAACUGUGAGCAUCAAGUGUAGGACCAGUCAGAAUGUUUAUAACAACAACUAUUUACACUGGUACCAACAGAAAGAUGGAGGAGUUACUAAACUACUCAUUAAGUAUGCUAGCACUCGACAAUCAGGGACUCCAGCUCGUUUUACAGGCAGUGGAUCAAACUCUGACUUCACUCUGACCAUCAGCGGAGUCCAGGCUGAAGAUGCAGCAGUUUAUUACUGUCAGAGUUAUCACAGCUCAAAUAUGACUUUGAUCUGCGUCCUCAUCUGGACUCUCCUCUGCUGCUGCUUCACAGAGUCCAGAGGACAGAUCACAGUGACUCAGCCUGGAGCAGAGAGCUCUGCUGUGGGAGGAUCUGUGAACAUCAAGUGUAGGACCAGUCAGAAUGUCCAGUACUCCAACCGUUUAGCCUGGUACCAACAGAAAGAUGGAGGAGUUCCUAAACUGCUCAUUUACUCUGCUAGCAGUCGAGCAUCAGGGGUUCCAGCUCGUUUUACAAGCAGUGGAUCAAACUCUGACUUCACUCUGACCAUCAGUGGAGUCCAGGCUGAAGAUGCAGCAGUUUAUUACUGUCAGAGUUUUCACUACAUCAACAGUCAGAAUGUGUUCACACAGUGAAAAACAGUCGUACAAAAACCUCCCUCAGUCAGACUGAACAGAAACUGAACUGACUGCUGCAGCUGGAAGAUACUGCAGAGACUGAUACAGUUCA